GCCUAUUGGUCUUCUUUCCCUUUCCUCUCACUUCUCUAUGGUGGUUAUUACUCGCCUUGUUUCCACUAGCUUUGUUGUAGCCAUGGCUGCCUUGACUUCCGUCGUCAGCGCCGUUGGAACGACCACACCCUCUGUGUUCGCCUACAUCGUCGAUUGGGAACUUCCCAAGGACAUUCAAUGGUCCAAGGUCGACCAUGUCAUCUACUCGUUUGCCGAACCUGACCAACAUGGCAAGCUCACCAAUUUUGAUACGCAGCAGCUCCAGUCAGUCGUCAAGCAGGCGCAUGCCCACAACGUGGGCAUCAGUAUCAGCGUUGGCGGUUGGUCCGGAUCACGCUACUUCUCUAGCUUGCUCUCCAAGUCGUCUAGUACAUUUGCAAAGACCAUCAUCAGUGCUGUUCACCAGUACUCCCUCGACGGUGUCAACAUCGAUUGGGAAUACCCUAACUCUCCAGAUGCCAUGACUUGCAAUACCCGUUCUUCCAAGGAUACCGCCAAUUAUUUGACGUUCCUCAAGACCCUUCGUCAUGGUCUUGGAAGCAAGCUUAUCACCCUUGCCACCGGCACUUCUCCUUUCAAUGACAACAACGGCAAUCCUUCCAAGAACGUCGCAUCUUUUGCAAAGGUGGUCGAUUCUUUCCUCGUUAUGACUUACGAUAUCAACGGCAAUUGGGAUACUACCACUGGCCCUAACUCACCCCUCUACGAUGGACCCAAGGGCGAAAGAAUGUCAGUAGAGGCGGCUUUGAGUCAAUGGCAUGCGGCGGGUGUUCCCUACAAGCAACUUUCCGUCGGUACCGCCUUCUAUGGCUGGACAGCACGCACCACCUCCAACAGCCUGUCGUCGCAAUAUGUAUCGUUUGCCAAAACUCAGAUCCGAGGUGAUCAAUACGACACGAUGUCCGCCGAUCCAUGCCCUGGUGCGCCCAAAUCGUACAGUGGCGAGAUGCAAUGGCGUUCCAUUGCCUCGGCUGGAAUUGAUGCCGGGAAGAAUGGCUGGAAGACGCAUUUUGAUACCACCACUGAGACUCCCUAUGCCGUCAACUCGGAAAAGAAGCAGAUUGUGACUUACGAUAACGUCAAAUCGCUCCAGUUGAAAGCCAACUUUGCCAAAUCGCAUGGCGCCAGUCUUUUCUUGUGGUCUCUGGAAAUGGUAUGUUUAUUUACUUGUGGCGGGGAUUUUAUACAGGUGCCGCGCGCACGCAAUUCUCGGUGUCAAAACUAACGAACGCCAUCAAAACAGGACGAUAGCCAUCACUCUUUGUUGAAUGCAUUGCAGGCUGUGCGAGCAUAGAACCCACCGGGUCUCUUGUAGUAGUUUAGUUUACUUGUACCAACAUAUAAUUCGUUAGAAUAAUAUUGUGCUUGAAGUGGUGGAUAUUGCGUGCGAAAUUACGAGGAAAAACCUUGUUUUGAACAAACAGGCCCCCAAACAUGGUGUGAUUUCCCUUUGACUUGCAGCAAACAUUUACGGAUGGCCUUGCAUACGAUCGAAGAGAGGGAAAU